AAAAUAAAAAGAAUUAAUAAUCUGCUUGUGCGAAAAUGGCACUGCAACAGAUUCUGAGAGCACCAAUUUCACGCUCUUUCGUCGCCUAUUUUUCGAGCAAGAUUCCCAUUUUCUCUGCAAGGAGGGUGGUCAAGAUCCCCGUAAAUCAGUCCCUGAGGAGUUUCGCUUCUUCGAGUUUCGACAAGAUUAAAGUACUAAGAAAGAAAAAGAGAUUGGAUGAAGUGUGUCUCGAAAGAUUUCAACAAUAUAGUCGAACAUUCAUACAGUCGUGGAUUACUCAGGGAAAAGUGUUUGUUGAUGGGAAAGUUGUGAACAAAUGCGGAACUCAGAUUCCCGAUAAAGCCGUUGUGGAGAUCAAGGCUGAAAUUCCGAAAUAUGUAUGUAGAGCAGGACACAAAUUAGAGGCUGCUUUAGAACAGCUAGAGAUCGAUGUUACUGGAAAAGUGGUUCUUGAUUCAGGACUGUCUACUGGUGGAUUCACUGAUUGCUUGCUUCAAUACGGUGCUUCGUUCGUCUAUGGUGUUGAUGUCGGUUAUGGACAGGUGGCUGAAAAAAUACGUACACAUGAUCGUGUAAGUGUGAUUGAGCGGACAAAUUUAAGAUAUUUAUCCGAGCUGCCACAGAAAGUCGAUCUAGCUACUCUAGACCUUUCAUUUAUUUCCAUACUAACAGUCAUGCCUGCAGUUAUCAGUUUGAUGAAGGACGAGGCUAUGUUAGUUACUCUCAUUAAACCUCAAUUCGAAGCUCACAGAAAACAAGUUGGAGGCGGCGGGAUUGUUAGAGAUCCCUUGGUCCAUCAAGAGGUUCUUGAAAAGAUAAUAAACGGCGUGCAAGAUUUCGGAUUCGAGUGCACAGGAUGGAUCGAGUCGCCUCUGAAGGGCGUUGAUGGAAAUAAAGAAUUUCUUGCUUCUUUCACCCGAAUAAUAGCAGCCACUAAAGAUGCUGCACAUAUUUCAGCUGCUAAAGCAGAUAUUGCUAAAUUGCAUAGGGGCAAUACAGACAUUCAACCAGUAGUAACAUAAUAACUGCUUUAUUCAUGCACCGAUAAAUAUUCAACAGAAUCUGUAGUAGCUACUGUAGCUAAUUGUAGGGGAUGGAAAUUGGAACGGGAAUUCCGAAAAUUGCUGAUUUCGACAUGUACUUUUUCGAUAUUGGAACGAUUUUUUAUUUUUUUUUUCA